UAGUUUUAGCUCAGAACUGAAGGCUACAGAAUGGGCAAUACAAAUCCCAGCAUGCAACUGAAUCAAAGUAAUAGCGCGACGAAAAGGAGGCGCUAAAAGACUACACGGCCCAGGAUGCUUCUCGGGAAGCGAAGCCAGUCUUCCAGGCUCCCUUCCGCGCGUGACUUUUAUGGGACUUGUAGUCCUUCAGACUUAACUUUGGCGGCGUUGCUCGCCGGCAGGGGAGCUGAGCGCAUGCGUCUGGCUGCAAUAGGCAGUUCCUGUAGCUCACCGAGGUAACUAAUAAAGUUUCUCCUUUGAGGAGGGUUAAAAAGAGAAAGAGAGAGAGAGAAAGCCCGAGCGCCGCCGAGAGGAAAAGAGGGCGGGGCUGAUCUCGGGGAGCGGCGGAGCGGGGCGCGCUGCUCUCGGCGCUGCCACCACAGGAACCUUCCCUGGACUUCAUGUAAUGUUCAAGUUCAGAAAUGCCUUAUGUGGAUCGUCAAAAUCGUAUUUGUGGUUUUCUAGACAUUGAAGAAAAUGAAAAUAGUGGGAAGUUUCUGCGGAGAUACUUUAUAUUGGACACAAGAGAAGAUAAUUUGGUGUGGUACAUGGAUAAUCCACAGAACCUUCCCUCUGGAUCUCCGCCAGUUGGGUCCAUUAAACUUACCUACAUUUCAAAGGUUAGCGAUGCAACUAAGCUGAGGCCAAAGGCAGAAUUCUGUUUUGUAAUGAAUGCAGGGAUGAGAAAAUACUUUCUACAAGCCAAUGAUCAGCAAGAUUUAGUUGAAUGGGUAAAUGUGCUGAACAAAGCUACCAAAAUCACAGUACCAAAGCAGGCUGAUUCACAUUCUCAGACUGAGAAUUCAAAUCGUCAUGCUGAAAAUCUGGGGAUAAAGAAACAAAUGUCUUACAGAACCGAGAUAGUUGGUGGUGUUCCCAUUAUAACUCCUACUCAGGAAGAGGUAAAUGAAUGUGGUGAAGGUGAUAAAAACUACUUGAAACGGUCCCAAAGCCACCUUCCUUACUUUUCUGCUAAACAUGUCCCCGAUAAUGCUGUGAUCAAAGCUGGCUAUUGUGUUAAGCAAGGAGCAGUGAUGAAAAACUGGAAAAGAAGAUACUUCCAGCUGGAUGAGAACACAAUAGGCUACUUCAAAUCUGAACUGGAUAAGGAGCCUCUUCGGAUUAUACCACUAAAAGAGGUUCAUAAGGUCCAGGAAUGUAAACAAAGUGACAUAAUGAUGAGAGACAAUCUAUUUGAAAUUGUAACAACUUCUCGAACCUUUUAUGUUCAGGCAGAUAGUCCAGAGGACAUGCACAGCUGGAUUAAAGCAAUUUCUGGUGCAAUAGUGGCACAGAGGGGACCUGGAAGAUCAGCAGCUUCUAUGCGGCAGGCCAGAAGGCUGUCGAAUCCUUGUAUACAGAGGUAUACAUCAAGAACUGGUGAAUGCAGCACGAAUAUUCCAACUGUACUUCAGAACCCAACUGUCCUGCAAAAACAGCAGCAGCAAGCAGCUCACAUUCCACAACCACUCACAACCCCACUUUGGUCUCAACCCUUAACCCCAAGCCCCUUGUCUUGGAGAAGGGAAGAUUUCACGAAUCUUUUACCAAGGCCAAGCCAGGGAGCGUCAAGAUCCAGGCUGUCUCUUCAAGAGACCCAACUUCCAAAGUGACUCUACAGGGCCUAUUGGAACCUCAUAAUAAAAAUGGCACUCAGGAACAGGAUCCUGGCCCAGUGGAUCUGGAUGAUGCAAGCCUUCCAGUCAGUGAUGUGUAAUAAUGGGAAGAGUUUGGAGAAUGAUCCAUUUGUUUUUGGUCCUUGAAUUUCCUUGAUCAGACUUUCUGCCAAAGAUGACUAUGGGAUGAAAGAACAAAGAAUGGAAUGUGGCUUAUAUAGAUCUGUAUGUGUUGCAUACAUUGAAAUUUAUGUAUGUUUAAAUAGUUAUAUGCUGCCUUGUACUGAUUAUCAUAGCAGGCCUUUUGCUUUUUCUGCAGCCUGAUGAUAAAUCACUUUCUAAUGGGAAGGGGCCAAAAUAAAUGAUUAAAAAUUUGUUGCCAAUAAGCAAGAUACCAGCUGUUUUUCAUCAUCAGUUUGGCAAAACUAAGAUUGGCAUCUUAGUUUCUAAUAAAAAUGUCAACAGGUGUGACAAUUCAGGCUACUAAUAAGGAAGUUGGUUUUUAAAAAUUUCCUCCCAAAUAUUGGCCAUUGAUAUGUACUGAGUCUGUUCUUAUGCGAUCAACACUUUUGAACCUUAUUGAACCUAGCAACGUUUCACAUAAUGCACUUUUCCUGUUUAGAAAGAGUCUUCUUUAGAAAAGACUGUGGGCUGGGGCAGAUGUCAUAGGAACACAGGAAGCUGCUAUAUAUUCAGUCAGACCAUUCAUCCAUCUAUCUCAGUAUUGUCCACACUGACUGAGAGUGGCUUUUUCAAGGUUUCAGGCAGGAAUCUUUCCCAGCUCUACCUGGAGAUGCCAAAGAUCGACUCUGGAACCUUCUGCAUGCAAAGCAGAUGUUCUACCACAGAGCUAUAGCACCAUCCCCAUGUCAUACAGGAGUACACCCCACCCGCUGCUUGCCCAAGCCUUGGAAGAAUUCUGCUUUUGAUUGUGGUUAAAAACAAACCAAGAUCAAUUAUGAUGUCCAAACCUAUCAAUCUUGAUCUAACAUAAUCAGCUUCCUUGAAAUAAACCAAAAUCCUAAUUGCACUUCAAACUUUCGUUUAGAUCUUGUUUAUUUCAAGGACGUUGGUUGUGAUAAAUUAAAGUUGGUUGAGAUGUCAAGUGAUUUUGGUUUGUGUUUAACCCCAUUUGGAGGUAGAGCUCUUUCAAGGCCUCAGCAAGCAGAAGGUGGGGCAGGGAUUGUGCUCCUGAGGCUUUGGUAAUUCUGUGGAACCAAAUUUGACGGGUUUCACAUGAUAUCUGAACUGGCCCUGUAUGUACUGCAGUGUCUGAAAUGUGCAUGUUCCUCACUGAGAUUACAUAUAUUUCACAGCCACUGCAUACUUCGCUAAACUAUCUGUAUAAUCAUGGCAGAGGAAAAUGCUACAUUAUAAUCAUUGCAUACAUGUGGUUACCAAAUAUGAAGAUUACCUCUGUAAGAAACUAGAAUGUGAAGCAUCCCUAAAGGGGAGAGCCACAGAUCAUUUACAUGGACAUAAGCCUGUUGACUUAAUUGGAACUCCGCCUUUUUAUAACUCUUUUGUGAAUCAUUGCCCUUCUUCCAUAGAAUUCUGCUCCCUUAGAAUUCCAGCUAUUUGGUGCUGUUAAACUUACAUUAGAGUAAUACAGCUAUUUUGAAUAUUAAGCCUAUUUUUGAUGCACUCUUAAAGGUGAAUUGUAACUUUUGCACAUUUGGAUAUUAAUGGACCACCAAUAAGUAAGGGUGUUACGUGAUUUUUUUUAAAGUAGAGAGAAGGGAAACUGGACAACUAAAAUAUUGUAAAGGUUUAACUAAAAGUAUUUUAUAUUGGGCUUUGCAGAAAUUAAAUGUUUAAAACAAUUACCUAAGAUUUUAUUUCUCUUAUGUAUGAUUCCAUGUGUUGUGAAUGGUUCUUGUUUUAUAUUUGCGUCAGUAAAGACUGAACAAAUUUUGUUCCAUGCUGUUAACUGGUACUGAAUUGUUCAACCAUGCAAUUGUGGCCUGUAACUUUUGGUGCACUAAAUUGUAUUAAAAGUGCCUGUUGGUUCUUCCUUCAUGGUGUGCUAAAUGUGGUGGGGUUAGAUGGAUACUGGACCUUGCUUUUAUGGUUUUGAACCCUGGGGUUAAAUUAUUUGUGUAGCCUAAUUCAGUACAUGUAUAACAUGAUAUGCCAGGGAAGCCAGCAUACCUGUAUCUGCUAGUUGUUCAGUGGGAUUUCUAAACUGGAUAUUUGUUCAAGGGAUGUGGUGAUAAAAAUAAUGGGUUUAAGAAGCGGAUGUUAGAUACUUGAUUGGAAUGAGCAUGCACUGUUUUGUAGCAUGCACUGUCUUUUUAGGUUGUGAAAAUGUUUGCUUUAAUCAAUAAAUGCCCCAGGUUUCACAUGCUGCUUAAUGCAAUUCAGAUUUUCCAGUUUUGCAGUACUGUGAUUGCAGUAUGUAUAACGCUUGACAAUGCAUGCCAAAACAACAACACAGAUGUGUGAAUGUCAAAUGUCAAGAACUUGAAUAAAUGGUAAUACAGUUGAAUUAUGUCCUGGGGUACAGAUAAGCAACCUUUUGUGAAACAAGUAGAUCCCAAAGGAAGUUGUAUGGGAUCCUUAUAGGCUGGGGUCUGCUGGUCUCUCUAUCCUCUCCCCCUGGUGAGAUGAGACCAAAAGGGUUAUCAGCCUAUAUUCUACCCAAUUCAAUGGAGAGCCUAGGUGUUCUGUAUUAUAGGGUUUAAUCUGAUGUGGAUUCUCAGCUGCCCCACGCCUAAAAUCUCAUUAGAAGACCGUGGCUCACAGUCCAAUGAAAUUUAUUUUUAUUUUACAAGCAGUGCCCAGUUUUCAUUUGCUGACUAGACUGAUAGAAGGGUCAUAUAUUUUAAAAAAUAACAUUAGUUUCAAACGCAAGAAUAAUUUGGUCACUGUCCUUCCACUUGUUUAAACUGAAACUUGACAGUGAUCAAAUUCCCUGAAGCCAGCACUAGAUAGAGGUAAGAUGACAUUCCUUCGUAAUCCAUACUAUUUAAAAACUUCAGGGAGACUUUCAAUACUAUGAUGACCAGCCCUAUUAAGCCCUAAGGCUCUUGCAAUAAUGAUCUGUGUUGGUUUACAGCAUUAGACUUGAAACUUAGAUUACUCUCACUCCAUUAUCACAACUGUGUGUUUUAUUUUGGAAUAUAGUCUUUAGGGAACAGCUUAAAUAGUCGGUAGGCUCCAAAGCAAUGUGCCCAAGAAAAUGCCUUUCCCACAAAAUUGCUUGAUCUAUUUUCCCUCUAAGAUUGCUUGAACUAUUCACAGCGGUUUCUCAUGUGAUCUUCUGCUGGUAUCUGCAAGGGGGCUCAUUCUGCAUACCAGUCUGUGAACUGUCUGUCUUUAUCAUCCAUGUUUGUUUUGCAUGCAAAAACAUGCAUCGAGAUAUAGAAGAAUUUUACACAAUUGGUGCAGUCUGAAUCUUACAUUGUACCCUUUCUGAUUCCAUUGUCUCAGCUCUCUAAAAUUUUUGUUCUUCAUUUUUUGUGUGGAUUUGCACCUUCUACUUAUACCCCUAGAUUUGUUACUAAUUCUGUCUGCUAGCAAAAGCUAAGAUCCUGGAUCCUAAAAAAUGGCUACUCUUGUGUUUCUGGUAAGCAGCUACUUUAGAUUUCCAGGUUGCUUCCCUUUUUCCAGGAUACUGGUUACACUUAUUGAAAGGUACAUGGGUGCAAAUGUAGCCUGUGAAUAAAAUAAGCCCCAUGCCUGCAAAUCUGAGGAGUAAAGACCUGUGUAGAGAAAUGCAAAGAUUUGGUUCUGUCACAGUGAAAAACUGAAGUUAGAUGAGUGAUAGUGUGGGCGAAAGACAGGAUAGAGUAGUAGCAAUGCUUAAAUGCAGUGAUCUUGUUUCAGAUGGAUUCGUUAUAAUAGCACCUUUAUAUUUCUGAACCAUAAGCUAAACAUUUUGCAAGCAGUGUUUGUAAAUUACUUUUAUUUGCCACCUUGGUUACAUGUGAAAAACAAGUUGAAUGUUAUAAGUAGUUUAGUAGCAGACAUCUUGACUUGUAUCAAAAAUAGCCAAUAGGUGUUUGAAACCUUUAUUUUCACAAAUAUGUACUUUGUGGGAGAAACUAAAUUGGAGUGUGUGUGUGUGUGUGUUGACAAUACUUUAACAUAGUUUUAGAUUUUCUGGUUGUGGUACAGUUUCUGCAUUGCAUGUUGUUUUAUUCUUUCUUGAUAUUGCCAAUUUUACAUAACGAAUUUGAAACAAAACAUCUAAGAAUCCUUAUUGGACUCUUUUAAAACCAAUCAGCUUAGUAGUUCUGUAGUGUGGGGAAAAUAUUUGUGGUUGGUAAAAUUGUCAGGGUCUUAUUUAUAAGUACUUUUUAUAAAAUUGAUGAACACCUGUUAAAUUAUUUUAGAACCUGUGCUGUUUUCUGUAAAUAUGUCACACAUAAAUUGUUAAUAAAUUGACUUCAAUAACUAAAUACCGCAAUCCUAUCAGACUACUACAUUUAGUGUACUUCAAAAGAUAAAUGUUAAUAUUGACUGAAAUUAUUUUUGCAUUUUUUUCCUGAAUUCACAGAACACUCUACUGAAAUGUUAAGAAAUAAACAAUAACAGACCUGUUGUGAAAACAUUACUUUCUACAAUACAAUAAUCCUUUGGUACCAUCAGGCCUUAAAAUACAGUGAUACCAUGUCUUGUUUUGUUUAAAUGUCAUCUGGUAUGGUCAUUUGCUAGUAGUGUGUUCAUUUGGUGGUGGUCUGGUAAGAAGAUACCCUAGUCACUUGUGAAUACCAAUGGUUGUAUUUGUUUGCUUCAAAAGUAAAUUUUACAGUUCUCUAA